CACACAUGUUUUUUUUUUCUUUUCAUAGAACUCAUUUGAGAGUCUAAGGGAAAAUUCCAAGAAAACCCAUUGUUUCUGAUAGUGAAAAUGAAUAAUUUAGAGUGAAUUUUGUGGAAAAAAUUCUAAAUCUGGUAGACUAUAAAAGAGAAAAUCCCAGAGAAAAGAAAGUGCAUUCGCAAGCAAAAGGCAUAAACUCAACCCCUAUAGUCCAAGGGUGGUUGGGAAAAAUCGAUACGGGGUGGCAAUUUUGGUGUGCGUCGAAAAUGCACAGAACCCCAAAGGAUUUCAGUGUAUUUCCUCAAAAUCCUAAUUGCAGUAGAAAAUUGAGUGAAGAUUCACCCUGAAGAUACCACCUUUAAUUGAUUUGAAACCGAGAUUUAAAAUGAAUCCGGUAUACCAUACCAUUAUACCCACCCUCAUACUCGGGUGGCUUCUAGCGUGCUGCAGUGCCGCACCCCAAAGUCGCAUUUGCGUAAAGUCAAUCACCCAGGCUCAGGAUCCAAGGAGUGACGAAGCAAGUGAAAACGAUUCAUCAUAUGAAGAUGAUUUUGGGGAUGAUGAAUUUGAGAAGUACGACAUACAGCAGAAUAACUUGAUAUCCAAUUACAAUUUAUCGAUUGGAACAACAAUAUGUGAGAGAAAAUUCAACUUUUGCCAUACUCUGUGGAGAAUUGAUGCUUAUGGAAAUGUCACAAUUGCGAGUCAAGGAUGUUGGGAAUCUGACUCAAAAGCUUCCUGUGACCAGAGCGAGUGCAUUAGCCGUUCAACGCUUAAUAGAGACAAAAAUCGGUAUCUAUUUUGUUGCUGCUCAGAGAAUCUCUGCAAUGACCGCAUGACCAGUGCUACUGAGAACAACCCCAAUCCAGAUAUCUGGGCUAGUCAAUCACCUUCACCAGCUCCAGAUGCCUCAAUUCUCGAGAAUCCUCUAGUCUGGCUAGCCCUAGCAGCAGCCUGCCUCAUACCCCUAUCUUUAAUUCUGAUCCUAAUUUGCCGAAGGGGCAAUAAAUCCCAACCUGAACUAGCCCCAUUAGCUCCCUCAGGGCCAGGAUACAGUUCCAAUCUUCACAAUGUGGACAACCUCAAACUGUGCGCAAUGAUUGGACAAGGGAAGUACGGAACUGUCUGGCGUGGUUCAGUCAAUGAGCAACCAGUUGCUGUAAAGAUCUUCCCUGGACAGCACAAGCAGUAUUUUAUAAAUGAGAGAGAUAUCUAUACUCUACCUUUGAUGGAGGAUUUAUGUCUACUCACCUACUUCGGCUGCGAUGAGCGCCGAACUAUGGAGGACAAUAUUGAGUACUUACUGGUGCUGUCCCUAGCUCCCCUGGGAUGCCUUCAAGACUGGUUAACCGAGAACACAACUGCCUAUGCUGUUUUCUGCUCAAUGGCCAAGUCUGUGGCUCACGGAUUGGCUCAUAUGCACACUGAGAUCAGGAAGGGUGAUCUGAUAAAACCCUGUAUCUGCCACAGGGAUCUCAACAGUAGGAACAUCCUGGUUAAGGCUGAUCUAACAUGUACUCUCUGUGAUUUUGGAUUUGCAAUGAAAACCUUUGGACCCAGGUAUGAGUAUCGCGGGGAAAUAGCCUUGGCCGAAACGAAGAGUAUCAAUGAAGUUGGGACUCUUCGUUACAUGGCUCCGGAAGUUCUCGAAGGAGCUGUAAAUCUACGAGAUUGUGAAUCGGCACUUAAGCAAAUUGACGUGUAUGCUUUGGGUUUGGUUCUCUGGGAACUGAGUACAAGGUGUCAGGAUCUCUAUCCCGAAGGACAGAAUGUCCCUGAUUACCGAGCUCCUUAUGAGGCAGAAGUUGGAAAAAAUCCCACAUACGAACAGAUGCAGGUAUUUGUCUCGAGACACAAGGCUCGUCCACUGUUUCCUACCACCUGGGGAGGAGGAAUAGCAGGAAAAGUUAUCCGGGAUACUUGCGAAGAAUGCUGGGAUCAGGAUGCUGAAGCUCGAUUGACUGCCCUAUGUGUAGAGGAGAGACUCCAGGAACUAUCGUCCCUUAGACCAAAGAGCAGUCUACUCGGAAAGAAUGGUACAACCCCUCCUGUGGCUGCUAACAAUGUGGUCAAUUCAUUCAAAAGUAUCUCACCAAUUUGCCCAAAUGAUGCCGUCAUCAUCACGCCGCCCAAUCAAAUCAUUCCCAAAGCACAGACCACAGAAUACACCACAGACACCCUGCUGAGUCUCUCUGGAACAGGAGCCAGUGGAGAUGGGAGGGUGAGAAGCUCAAGCAUCUAUCAGCAAAUCCAACCUUUUGCCAUAAGGAAUGGGACAGCUCCAUUUUCACCCAUCCAAAAACACCCCCAAGAAACCCAUCGAUCUGAUGGAGAGACAAUAGGUUCUGAUCAGAAUGUUACUCAAGUGAAGCUGGCCAAUGGGGAGAAAAAAUUUAACGGCUGGAAUGGAGUUCGAUCGAUGAUCAAGAAAAAACUCUUUAAGCGAGCCAGCGUUUGUGAAGACAAGUCCCACUUGAUGGGCAACAAACUAUCCCUCCCUGUGAGCAUUGACAGUGUGUCAUGUCCAGAAAUCGGACCUCAGUCCCUAUGUGACAUUCGAACAAGACCCAGACAGAGACCUAGCAACCUCAAUCUUGCCCCAGUGCACUUUCGCUCAGACAUUGACUUCGAAUCGAGUUCAGAGUCUGGAGGAGGGUAUUUUGAGAACAAUCUCAAUCAACAAUCUAACAUCAUAAGAAACUCCCUUCGUGGUCAUCUCAAAGGGAUUGAGUCUAGUGACUCCUUUGAAGAUUAUCGACGUCCUGGAGAAAAUACCCAUCCCCUCCCAUCCCGAAUAGUCACCUCGAAGUCAGCAAAUGCUGUAAAGAGUCUCAAUGAUCCUUCACUGAGGCAGAUGAUGCUCACGGAUAAACAGAUAAAGAGACAGAGAUCUCUUGAGGUGUUCAGGGAGGUUUUUGGGCCAACCAAGGGCAGUGUGGAAAAAUUAAGAGAUCCCAGCCAGAGAGUUAAGACCCCAGGAGAUGUUCCACCUUCAGUACGAAAAGUUCGUGCCUCUAAAACCCUUUCCCUCUACGAUGAUCGCAUGAUGGACUCUACCCUGGGAAAUAUUCUCUAGCACGAGGAGGUACUGUUGCUGGAACUGUAAGAGGAACCUCAGCUGGAUACAAUCCAGGCAACAGAUAGCAGAAGGGUAUACAUGGAAGCAAGGUUCUAAUAAUAUUAGUCACUGUAGCAGAUAUUCUACUAGUUGCAUAGUACUGUAAGAUUUUCAUACCGGAGGUCAUUUAUAAAAAAAAUAAUUAAAUUUUCAGAGGCAGUGAUGAUAA